CUUUAGUUUUAACUCACAAAAAAAAAGUUAGAUCCAGAGAACCAUCCAUUGUCUUGUCUGAAAGAGAAGAAGAAGAAGACAAAAGCAGCAGCCAUGGAGAACGACAGAGAAAAACAAAUAUACUUAGCGAAGCUCUCCGAGCAAACCGAACGAUACGAUGAGAUGGUUGAAGCGAUGAAGAAAGUUGCUCAGCUUGACGUGGAGCUCACGGUGGAGGAGAGGAAUCUCGUGUCUGUUGGGUACAAGAACGUGAUCGGCGCAAAGAGAGCUUCUUGGAGAAUACUAUCUUCCAUCGAGCAGAAGGAAGAGUCCAAGGGGAACGAGGAGAAUGUCAAGAGGAUCAAGAACUAUCGCAAGAGUGUUGAAGAUGAGCUUGCUAAAGUUUGUAAUGACAUCUUGUCUGUCAUCGAUAAGCAUCUCAUCCCUUCGUCUAAAGCUGUCGAAUCUACAGUGUUUUUCUACAAAAUGAAAGGAGAUUAUUAUCGGUAUCUGGCAGAGUUUAGUUCUGGUGAUGAACGCAAGGAAGCUGCAGAUCAGUCUCUUGAGGCAUAUAAGGCUGCUGUUGCUGCGGCAGAGACUGGUUUAGCACCCACACAUCCAGUUAGACUUGGCCUGGCAUUGAACUUUUCAGUUUUCUACUAUGAGAUCUUGAACUCUCCUGAAAGUGCAUGUCAAUUGGCUAAGCAAGCAUUUGAUGAUGGAAUCGCUGAGCUUGAUAGUCUAAACGAGGAAUCAUACAAGGACAGCACUCUUAUCAUGCAGCUACUUAGAGACAAUCUCACUUUGUGGACUUCUGACCUCCCAGAGGAAGGAGACGAACCAUCCAAAGGUGAUGAGCCUCAACAAGAGAAAUGAAUCCUGAAUCUGUCUGUGAAAAGAGAAACGGCUCUUGGUGCAUCCUAAAUCAUAAACCGAAGACAGCAAGCGUCUUUAGCUCUAAACACUGAAAAGGUGUAAUUUUUUUUUUAAUCUUAAUGUUUUUCCUGAUGAUGUUUUCAGAUCAUUGACGUUCAACAACAUAACACUACCUAUCUUCAUCUUUCUCAUGAUGUUUUGUCUAUUUCACUUAGUUUUUGUCUUUCAAAAUUGUAUUCCCAUGCAAGUUGCAAAGGUCACGCUCUAUCUACUUUA